AUGCUUUUUAGGCCCACUACAAUUGUGGCUUAUGUGGAGAUGUUGGGGAUUUUGAUAUGCAGAUGCUUCCGGAAGGUGAUUGGCGUUGUCCAAAUUGUGCAUGCAAAUAUUGCAGUAAGGACAGUGGUAGAACUUGAAGUUCACUUCUUACAUGCCGCCUUUGUGAGAAAAAAAGUGAAGAAAAUUGGUUACUUUCCACUGCUCAUCUGCUCACCAUCCCCGCUUGUCUUCCGCCACUUUUCUUCCUUUGCACGACCAACAGUCGUUCAACUUCACAAACAUCAUAAGGGAACACGUUUUGAGGCUGAUGAAGAGAUGUGUGGGGAUGAUGAGGAUAGGGAGGCUUUGCAAGAGACCAUAAAGAAUAUGCAAGCCGGUACAAAGCUCGUACUCAGGGUUCUUACACCUCCCAUUUCUACCCUUCUUAUUUUGGUCUGUUAUGGACAGCCGCCGCCACAGCAGUCUCCUAAUGCUGCCCCACAAGGUGGUCGCUAUGCCCAACCAGCUCCUUAUAGUAUACUUUGA